ACAACACAAUUCAUACUAUUUCCUAUUAAUUCGACAAAAAUGCAUAACAAGAUUGGCUCUCUACCGGUCAGAUCCGAUCCAUCAGCCCGGCCAAUAUCCCGUCACCACUCAACGAGCUACAUUGAUCGGGUCAAAGAAAGCCUCACAACAAGAGUGUCCAAAUUCAUAUGCGCUAUUUUCUUAACGCUUUUGCUAUGUUUAGGCAUUGUUUUUUUCAUCUUAUGGAUCAAUCUACGUCCUCACCGACCCCGUUUCCACAUCAGCGAGUUCUCUCUCCCCGGUUUGGGCAACACUGACGGUUUCGAGACCUCUCAUAUAAGCUUCAAGAUAACGGCUCAUAACCCUAACCAAAAAGUUAGUGUUUACUAUGACUCCAUGGAAGGAGCCGUUUACUACAAAGAGAAACUGGUCGGGUCGACUAAACUCACUCACCCAUUGUACCAGGACCCGAAGAACACGAGUUUGAUCGAAGGAGUCUUACGUGGGCCCACAAUGACGGUGAAUAAGGACCGUUGGAAGCAGAUGGGACGAGACAGGAAUCAAGGGAAGGUGGUGUUUCGUUUAGAUGUGGUGUCCGUGAUACGGUUUAAGGUGUACACUUGGCACAGUAAAAGGCAUAGGAUGCACGCAAACUGUUAUAUUGAGGUCGGCUGGGAUGGCAUGUUGCUGAGCCGGACCAAAGACAAGAGAUGUCCGGUUUAUUUCACUUAACCAAAUGUGACACAAUAAUGAUUUGAACCUUUUUUUUUCUUUUUUUUUUAUUAAUAUGAUUCCAAUUUGAUAGUUCAACAUAUCGGCUGUAUUCUAAACAUUUCUUAUAAAUGAUUCCAUGUUAUAAAUCA